UGGUGAUCGGUACUCUGAGCUGACUCGACCAAGAUGCUGCGACACAUUGCUCUGGUGUGCCUGGUGGUGGCGGCCACCGCCAAGGAGGUGGAGAAGCGCCAGGUGGGCUACGGCGCGCCCAGCGGGCCGGCGCCAUCCACCGGCUACGACGGCGGUUUCGCACCGUCCGGUCCGGCUCCGUCCGGGCCGUCCGGCUACAGCGGUCCGUCCGGCCCGUCCGGUGGCGGCGUGGAUGCUUCCUUCGGAGCCGGCUUCGGCGGCGGCUUCGGCGGCGGCUUCGGCGGCGGCCUGAGCGGCGGCGGCAAGUGCCGUGACCAGACCAAGUACAUCCUGACCUGGACCAAGGCGGUGAUCCCGGUGACCGUGUACGACACGCGCACCGAGUACCUGCCGACCACGCUCUACAAGUACGUGACGGAGACCGACUACUACCCGCACACGGUGGUGCAGCUCGAGACGACGACGCGCGGCGGCGGGUCCGAGUACCAGGAGGAGACCAAGAUCGCGUAUCGCACCAACACGGUGGUCAUCCCGCGCGUGGACACCAUCACUUCGACGCUCAUCUUCACUGAGGACGAGCACGUGACGGUGACGGAGACGGACCACCUGACGCAGACCCAGGCGCAGCAGUACCCCGUCGCCGUCACUGUAACCAGCGUGCAGCGCGUGCCGCAGAUCCAGACCUCCGUAGCCACCGAGUACCAGACGCAGUACCAGACCCAGUACGCCACCAACCAGUACAACGUGGUGCAGACCAAGACGCAGAACGUGCCCCAGCUGCAGUACAUCACCAACACGAUCACGCAGAAGCAGUACCAGACGGUGGCGGUGACCCGCACCCAGAAGCGCUACCAGACGGUGACCAAGUGCGAGCAGCAGGGGUACCCGGAGCCGCCACGCAGCCAGUACUAGGCCACCGGAGCAGUGGAGUCCACCCAGCCAUCGACAGACGAGUCAGCUCACUUAGACUAAGUCAUUAGGUUAAGGAGCGCGAAUUCCCAUGCUGUGAUACUGUGCUGUUGUUGACCGGAGCGCGGGGUCGAAAUCGUCCGCUGGUCGGACCAGUCGUCCCGUGACCUCCACGUGCGUGUUGCUUAUUUGUAGCGGGGGUCAUGUAUUCAUAUGCUGUUUGUGACGGUCCAGUGUGAUACGCUCAGGCGUCGUUCAUGAAACGAUAUCUGGGUUCCGUGUUGUCUAAUUCGACGAUAAAGAUCAGCUGAUUGCCCGCUCAAAUAGGUAUCACGUGCGUUUAAUUUUUAUGUCAUAUUUACUCCUGUACAAAGUAAUUUUGUAAUAAAAGCAAAAAAGCCACA